CCGUAGCGUGUUUCAGACGUUAGCAUUUGUUCUUCUGCGCGGCAUAUUUGGAAUACACGUUUAAAGGUUUUUUUUUUUUUUGCUUCGUCGCCAUGGUGAAAUUAUCGGUAGAGUUAGUGGAGCAGGCUGCCCAGUACACUAAUCCGAUCCGAGACAGAGAACUGGAUCUCCGAGGGUAUAAAAUCCCGGUUCUGGAGAACCUCGGCGCCACUCUGGAUCAGUUUGAUACCAUCGACUUUUCCGAUAAUGAGAUCAGAAAACUGGACGGGUUUCCACUGCUCAGGAGACUCAAAACUAUUCUGAUGAACAACAACCGCAUUUGCCGGAUCGGUGAAAAUCUCGAGCACUCGUUGCCCAAUCUGAAGGAGCUAAUCCUUACAAGCAACAAUAUUCAAGAGCUGGGUGAUCUGGAUCCUCUCGCUUCAGUAAAGACCUUGAAUCUUCUAAGUCUCUUAAGAAACCCAGUAACCAACAAGAAGCAUUACAGGCUGUAUGUCAUCAACAAACUUCCACAGAUCCGUGUUCUGGAUUUCCAGAAGGUGAAAUUGAAGGAACGUCAAGAGGCCGAGAAAAUGUUCAAAGGCAAACGGGGCGCUCAGCUUGCAAAGGAUAUUGCCAAGCGCACAAAAACGUUCACGCCAGGAGCUGGACUGCAGGCUGAGAAAGUAAAAACGGGGCCUUCUGCGGCAGAUGUGGAAGCCAUAAAGGCUGCCAUCGCAAAUGCCACAUCGCUGGCAGAGGUGGAGAGGUUGAAGGGGAUGUUACAGUCUGGUCAGAUCCCUGGGAGAGAAAUCAGACAAGGCGCACAGAGCAUGGUUGAGGAGGAAGAGGAAGAUGAGCCUGAAAUGGAAAUGCAGGAGUCUGUGUCGAUGUACAGCGGUGCCGGUGGAGAUGAGAUGGAAGACGAUGGAGCGGAUAAUGCAGAGGAAGACAUGCGUGUUAAUGGAUCGUAGUUCAUUUCCUGUUGUAUGGAUGAUGGUUUGGUGGUGCAACUUUCUCGAGUUUGUGUAUAAAUAUUGAACAGAGUACUUUGUAUGUUUUUUUUUUUUGUUUUGUUUCUUUGUGUUAAGUACAUUUAACCAUUUUUUAAAUGAUUUACAAUAAAAUUAAUUGCUUCUUUCA